GCCUGGCAGUCUAGUGUUUAGGAUUCCGUGGUUCCACUGCAGGGGGCACAGGUUCGAUCCCUGGUCAGGGAACUAAGAUCCCACAGGCCGCAUGGCACUGCCAAAAAAAACCCAACAAAACAAAACAAAACAGGGAAUGAUGACGAUAAUAGUAGGUGAGAGUGGAAUUGCUGGAUUAGAAGGAAUGCCAAACAUUAUUUUAGCUAAUUCUUGCUAUCAAUCCAGAGAGCUAAUUUGUCUUUGAGGGUGAGUUGUUGAUUUUUAUACCUGUGGACAGCUUAGCAGUUUCACCAGGUGGGGUACUGGGGAGAAGUGUGGGUAUGGGAGUCACUGACAGUUGUGCGGGUGGUAGUGUGGACCCUGGGGAGGCAGAGUUGCGUGGACCCUUGGGAGACCCCACAGGGGCCGGAAUUUAGGCCCCCGAUCUCAUUUUCUCCUAACUUGGAGAUGGGGGCACUCUUGUUACCCCCAUUUUACAGAGGAGGAAGGGAAGGCAGCGAUCAGCCGUGUGGGCAGCAGCUGGGGAUGAGAGGGUCACGCCCUGCAUCCCUGCCUCAGAACAGUGAGAGUGUCCUUGAGGAAGGCUAGAGACCGCAGACCCCAAAAUAGAGCCUCCUUCGCCCCCGCUGGCCUCUGGCUGAGCCACCCUGGAAUGUGACCUGGGCCUCGGUUGGAUUCAGGGCCCGGGGGCUGAAGGAGCCUCUGGCACAUCAGGAAUCAGACGCCUGGGCUCCCGGCUUCCUGCCUUUGUCCGCAGCUCCUUGGAACUUUUCAGGGGACAGAUGAGUGCUGCCAGAAAUAACACCAGGCUCGCUGGGGAGCUCCGGUGGCAGGCAGAGUGAAAGGCAGGGGAAGGAAGCCCCACCCACACCCCAAAGAAGUCUUAGGGGAAGGUCUCAGGCCCUGCGCUUGGGAAGGUCGCUGGAACCUCUCUGUGUCUCAGUUUCCUCACCUGCAAAGUGGCUGUGCAGAUGUCCACUUGGGGUGACUUGGGGCCAGGGUAGCAUCAAGAGUGUGGGCUCUGCAGCCAGGCCUGCCUGGGUUAGAAACCCAGACCCUCCACGGUGGGCCCUCGGGCAAGUGGCUCAGCCCCUUCUGUGCCUCAGUUUCAUCUGCUGUAAAAUGGGCUUGAUAGAAAUACAAUGCUUCCUUCCUCAAAGGAUAACACAGUCAGGGCUCAUCAAGUAUCAGCCAUUAUUCCCAAGCAAGGAAACCUUUGCACCUGGCAUAUAGCCAUUGCUCAAGAAAUGGCACCCGGCAGUCAUAUUGGUCCUGCUUCUCAGACCCACCCCAGCUGCUCCCCGGUUGCCAGGUGCCAAGCACUGUUCUAUAGCCCCCUUCAUCUUCAUCACAGCCCAGUGUAGUCUGUAGUGUCGUCACUCCUCUUUUACAGGUGAGGAAACAGGCGUGGGGAAGCAAAGUCACACGGCCGGCAAGGAGCACGGCUGGGAUUUGAAGCCAGGAAGUGUGGUGCUAAGGUCAGGCUCAUAACAACCAUCCUGCCCUCCUGCCUCUUGUGCAGAAAGCGCCGCUGCCGUGUCCUGUCUCUGGGCUCAGACCUGGACUGGAAGAGGGCAGGUGCACGCUGGGCUCCUCCAGCCCUGUGCUAUGCCAGCCUUUAAACGGAGCCUUCAGGAGAAGCUGGCUCACAGAGAGGCGAGGGGAAAGGAAGGGUCCUGGCACGUCCCCAGCACCCCCUUGGAAUCCCCGAGCUGCCCCUUUGCGAGUCUCCUCAAUCAUGGGCUCAGAGGCAGGGUGGGCGUGGGGCGAGAGGAGGAAGUGGGUGGGGGGAGGCAUUUCCUAAUGCCCUCAACCCUCGCCUCUGGUUCUGCUUCCAUAUUGCCCAAAUUCUGGCCCUCAAAUCUAGCCAGUCUCUCUGUCCACCACCUGUUCCCCGCUUUGGGUUAUGUUGGGGGACAGUCAGACUGAGGAGGCAGGAGGCCAUGGUGGAAGAACGUAGACAGGGAGGGGAAGAAGGAUGAAGGGAAGGUGGUCCCCCCUGGACUUUUGGGGAUGGCACAAAAACCCCCAACCUGGAAGUGGAUGAGUUGGAUGCUAGGCCUGGCUCCUGGAGGAUCACAGCCUCCACUCCCACCGUAAUUGCUUUAGUCUCCUGACACAUCUCCCUCCCGCCUCUCGCUCUUGCAACCUUUAUUUAUUUUUUUGGCCGCACUGCGCAGCCUGCGGCAUCUUAGUUCCCCGACCAAGGAUUGAACCUGUGCCUCCUGCAGUGGAAGCGUGGAGUCCUAACCACUGGACCACCAAGGAAUUCCCUCUUGCAACCUUUUAAAAGCACAAUCACAUCACUUCCUAAAUCCUACUUCCUAAAUCACAUCACUUCCUAAAUCACAUCACUUCCUAAAUCCUACCCUCCAGAGGGUUCCCACCACACUUGUAAUAAAAGCCAGACUCUGUCCUCGGCCACUGGCCUUCUUGGUCCCCAGGUCAUUUCCAGUCUUUCACCCCCACAUCCUCCACUCCCACCACAGUGGCUCCUGCUGUCUUGAGAACAUCACCAAGUGCACUCUUGCCCCAGGGCCUUUGCACUUGCUGUUCCCUCUGCCUGUAAGGUUCUUCUCCCCGCUCUUCCUUCCAGUCUCUGCUCACAUGGCACCUCCUUGGACAGGCCCUCCCUGACCACCUUCUCUAAACUAGCGCCUCCCCACUAUCUCGUAUCACCCUUCUUUCUUUUUUCUUUAAUGAGAUGUAUUUCCCAUACUAUAAAACUCACCCUUUUAAAAUAUACAAUUCAGUGGUUUUUAGUAUAGCCACAGGGCUGUGCACCCAUCACCACUGUCUAACUCUGGAAUAUAUUCAUCACUCCAAAAAGAAACCUGGUACCCGUGAGCGGUCACUCUCCAUUCCACCCUCCCCUCAGACUCUGGAAACCAUGAAUCUACUUCCUGUCCCCAUUGAUUUGCCUUCUCUGGACAUUCAUAGAAAUAGAAUCAUACUCUAUAUGGCCUUUUGUGUCUGGCUUCUUUUACUCAGCAUGAUGGUUUUGAGGUGCUUCCAAGUUGUAGCGUGAAUCAGUACUUCACUCCUUUUCAUGACUGAAUAAUGUUCCACCAUAUGAAUACACCACAUUGUGUUUAUACAUUCAUCUGUCGGUGGACAUUUGGGUUGGUUCCACUUUGGGGCUAUUAUGAUUAAUGAUACUAUGAACAAUAGUGUAUAAGUUUAUGUAUGAACUUAUGUUUUCAAUUCUUUGGGGUAUAUUGCUGUCAUAUAGUCACUCUUUUAAUCUUUCAAGAAACUGCGAGACUAGUUUCCAGAGCAGCUGCACCAUUAUACGUUCCCACCAGAAAUACAUGAGGAUUCCCAUUUCUCCACAGUCUUCCCAGCACUUAUUUCCUCUUCUUUUUUUUUUUUUUUAAACACUAUGGCCAUCUUAGUGGAUUUGAAAUGGUACUGCUUGUCGUUUUGAUUUUCAUUUCCCCAAUGACUAAUGAUGUUGAGAAUCUUUUCAUGUGCUCACUGGCCAUUUGUAUAUCUUCCUUGGAGAGCUGUCCAUUCAGAUUCUUUUGUGCAUUGUUAAAUUGGGUUAUUUGUUUUUUCAUUGUCACGUUUUAUCUCCUUUAUUUUCUUCAUCACACUUCUCGCUCUCUGAAAUGAUAUUGCUUCUUUGUUUUUGUCUGUCUCCGCUUAUUAGUGUGUAAGCCCUGUGGGGUCAGGGCUCUCCACCUCAUCUUCCCUGUUCACUCCUGUAUCUCCAGCACCCAGGACGAUGCCUGCUUCAUAGUUAAUAUUUGGUGAAGGUGUGAAUGGAGCCGCGCCCUCAGAGGGUGGUUGGGGAGGAUGAGAUGAGACAUUCAUAUAUCAAAUGCUUGGCCAAGGGCAGGGCCCAGUGCAAGUGCAAUGUCAGUUUGAGUAUAUUAGUUAUCUCUUGCUGUGUAACAAAUUACCAUAUAGUUGGGAGCUUAAAACAACACCCAUUUAUUAGCUCACACUUCAGUAGAUCAGAAGCCCAGUACAGUGUGUCUGUGUUCUCUGUCCCGAGUCUUACAAGGCAGAAAUUAAGGUGUUGGCCAGGCUGCCUUCCUAUCAGGAACCUCCAGGGAAGAGUCUGGCUGAAUUCAGCUCCUUGCGGUUGUGGGACUGAGGUCCCCAUUUCCUUGCUUGCUGUCAGCCAAGGUCCACUCAUAGCCCCUAGAGGCCCCAUGCAUUCCUUGCCAUGUGGCCCCUUCCAUCUUCAAAGCCAGCAGCAAAGAAUCUCCCUUACGCCAAAUCUCAGUCUCUUUUGCCAGGAAGAUCCCUGCCCCUUGUAAGCCCUGUCCUCACCUGAUUAGGUCAGGUCCACUAAGAAGAAGCAUCCUUUCUCAAAGUCAACUGUACCAUCUCCCUCACUCAGUUGUAGGUCAUUGUCGUCAUAUUAGAAUUCCAUCCACCGUAGUGAGGUGUAGAUAUGUUAUUAUAUCCUCAGAGGAGUCCCUCUGCUCUCACAGAUGAGAUUUUGACCUUGAAUGUCACACACAACCUUCCUACCCCCUGGCUGAGCUACCUGUACCCCUGGGGCAUCCCCGCAGGCCAUGGGCAUGGCGUCUGGCCUCCUGAGAGACCUCAGAUUCUGAGCUGGAGAGGGGCAGUCGGGGGUCAGCGACAGGGCAGUUCUUCUACCACUUCCUGCUAUCCAGCCAUGCCCUCCAGCCUUACCCUUUCCCGGUGGGCAUGAGAGGAAGUGUGAGAUGACCAGGACCCUGGUCCAUGCUGGCUCAUACAGAGAACUCUGUAUCCUAAUACCACUGGGUUCUGGAAGGUUCUCCUACCUGCAGAGAGGUGACCACCUUAACUGGACCCCCCAGUAUGUACGAACAUCAACUGGUACCCCAGCUUCUGCUCUCAGCCCCCUGUGGUCUAUUCCCUACUCAGCAGCCAAAAGCCACUUGUAAAAACCAAAGCCAAAUCCUGUCCCUCCUCUGCUUCGAACUCCGAUGGCUCCCCCCUCACUCAGAGCAAAAGCUGAAGUCCUCAGAGCUGCCUGCAAGGCCCUGCAUGGUCUGGCCCCUGUUACUGCUCCGGCCUCACCUUCUACUGUACACGUCUUGUUCCCACAUCCAGCCACCCUGGCCUCCUCACUGUUCUUUGCACACACCAGGCAUGAUCCAGCUUAGGGGCCUCUGCACUUGUUCCCUCCGCUUGGAAGCUCUUCUUUUAGAUAUCCAUGUGGCUCCCUCCCUCACCGCCUUCAGGUCUUUGGUCAGAUGUCUCCUCAGGGAAGCCUUCCUCUCCACUGAAAAUCUCACGCCACGCCCCACACUCUAUCUUCUUCCCUGCUUUAUCAAAUGGUGAUAAGUGCUGUGGCUUCUGCAGGCGACCUGGCGAGCCCCCCCUGGACCUGGGCAGUAUCCCCUGGUUGGGCUAUGCUUUGGAGUUUGGAAAAGAUGCCGCCAGCUUCCUCACUAGGAUGAAGGAGAAGCAUGGUGAUAUCUUUACUGUGCUGGUGGGGGGCAGGUAUGUCACUGUCCUCCUGGACCCACACUCCUAUGACAUGGUGGUGUGGGAGCCUCGCACCAGGCUGGACUUCCACGCCUACGCCGUCUUCCUCAUGGAGAGGAUUUUCGACGUGCAGCUUCCGCAUUACAGCCCCAGUGAUGAAAAGUCCAAGAUGAAACCGACUCUCCUCCACAAAGAGCUCCAGGCGCUCACGGAAGCCAUGUAUACCAACCUCCACACUGUCCUGCUGGGUGACACCAUGGAAGCAGGCAGUGGCUGGCAUGAGAUGGGACUCCUCGAAUUCUCCUACAGCUUCCUGCUCAGAGCCGGCUACCUGACUCUGUACGGUGUCGAGGCACCGCCACACACCCAGGAGAGCCAGGCCCAGGACCGCGUCCACUCAGCCGACGUCUUCCACACCUUCCGCCAGCUUGACCUGCUGCUCCCCAAACUGGCACGUGGCUCCCUGUCAGUGGGGGAUAAGGACCAGGUGUGCAGGGUCAAAGGUCGCCUGUGGAAGCUGUUGUCCCCAGCCAGGCUGGCCACUCGGGCCCACCGGAGCAAAUGGCUGGAGAGUUACCUGCUGCACCUGGAGGAGAUGGGCGUGUCGGAGGAGAUGCAGGCGCGGGCUCUGGUGCUGCAGCUCUGGGCCACACAGGGGAACAUGGGUCCUGCCGCCUUCUGGGUCCUGCUCUUCCUUCUCAGGACCCCCGAGGCUCUGGCUGCUGUCCGCGGAGAGCUUGAGCCUAUGCUCUUGCAAGUAGAGCAGCCCAUUUCGCAGAUGACCGCCCUCCCACAGAAGGUUUUGGACAGCAUGCCUGUGCUUGACAGCGUGCUGAGUGAGAGCCUCAGGCUCACCGCUGCACCCUUCAUCACCCGCGAGGUCGUGGUGGACAUGGCCUUGCCCAUGGCAGAUGGGCGGGAAUUCACCCUGCGAAGUGGCGACCGCCUCCUCCUCUUCCCCUUCCUGAGUCCCCAGAAGGACCCGGAGAUCUACACAGACCCAGAGGUAUUUAAAUACAACCGAUUCCUGAACCCUGAUGGAUCAGAGAAGAAAGACUUUUACAAGGAUGGGAAGCGACUGAAGAAUUACAGCAUGCCAUGGGGAGCAGGGCACAACCAGUGCCUGGGGAGGGGUUAUGCCAUCAGCAGCAUCAAACAAUUCGUGUUCCUCGUGCUGGCGCGCUUUGACCUGGAGCUGAUCAGCCCGGACGUGGAGAUGCCCUUGUUUGACCUCAGCAGGUACGGCUUCGGGCUGAUGCAGCCGGAACACGACGUGCCUGUCCGUUAUCGCAUCCGGCCUUGAGCUCCGGGGCAGAUGGGACUCCACGCACCCAGCCUGACCCUAGUCGCCCAACGUUCUGUGCCUGCGUUCGGCCUGGGUACAGAGCUUUGCACACCCGACGGUGCCAAGCGUUAUCCCUUCCCUACUGUUUUUCCUAGAAGGCUGUGUCUGGGGGAGGGGAAAGUAGGGGAGUGAAGAAAAGACACCAAAAGCUCUGCGGAUUAUCUGCUGCAAAGGUUAAGUUCCAAAACGAGGCUCUUUCCGCUCCCAGCCCCUCUUGCCCCUCUCACCUUUAGGAUACCCACUAAAGCUCGGGCAGACGGGGCACAACUAGGAGACCCCACUGCUCUGCCCCCAGCCCCCACGGGCUGCCGUCCAAGGCCCUGACAGUGGUGCCAUCCAGACCCUAACCAGUCAGAGCAGAUGCUGGCCACUAAAAGGCCAUGUGGGCCUAGCAGUGCGUCUGUUGAAAUAAACUCUGUCCCCAAAUUUUUAUUAAACUACCUAAAGCCAAAGAGUCUCUUACAAUAUCUGCUUUCCUAGGCGCCCCACUUGCUAGACACUUCCCGCAUCUCUCCAUUCACACCGAUCCUUGAGAAAAUGCUGGAGGGUUUCCCGAUGCUGGUGCAUCCCCAGUGUGGAGUGGGGGCAGCCUCCAGAUGAUGGGCUCUGAGGACCAGGCUUCUGUGCGUUACAGUUAUGGGCUCCAGACGGGGUGGGUGUUCCCAGCGCUGGGCCUCAGGCAGGGAGUUAGCAAGACACAGCCCCGCCUGGAUGGCCCCAGUGAAAGGAAGCGGCCAGGGCUCCUGGGACUGGUCAAGCCAAAGAAGAGGAGGUGUUGGUUUCCUACAUUCUAGCUUAGAAGCUCCAGCUGUGGGCACCGUCCAGAUUGCAGGCCUGUUUUGUUUGUCCUACAUUAAAAAAAAAAUACAUUAGUGUUAUCUUGUCAUCUUUGGGAAAGUUGAUUCAAAAUGUCCAGCUUCUCUUGAAAACUUGAAAGAUCUGUCCACACUGGGCCCAUAUUCCCAAGGGCAACCACUGGCCAGAGCUCAGUAGCAGCUGCCUCCCUGUCGGGGGCCUGUGGGCUCUGGUUCACCAGGAUUUCUACUUGGUCUGCUUUUCUAGUCACAGCACCUCCUGUCCCCCGAAGACACCCAAGUUUGAGAACCCUGUUCCUACUCCUAGAGGUGAUAUUGCAGGAGGUGGUGGGAACCCGCUGAUUGGUUCUCAGACCAAUGGUCCAUCCUGUCCUGGGUGCACCACCCUUUGAUCAAACAGAUCAGUGAUGAAAACUUGCCUUUGCAUCAGCUUUAGGAAAAAAAAAAAGAUCAAAAAGAAAAAUUGCCUGGAAACUUUUAUUAUGAUGACAAGUAUUAAUACUAGGUCCUGUUUAUUGAGGACCCUCUAAAUGCCUGUGACAGGAACAGUAGAUAUAGUAUUUCUACUUUUCACGGCAUCUCUGCAAAGAGAGGAUGGUUAUGCCCUCUUUAUAGUUGAGGAAAUGGGCUCAGAGAGGUGAAGUGACUUGCCCAGAGUCGCACAGCUUGUAAGCUGAUAGAAUUUUGCAAACAGACUUACUGUCCCAGUAGCAAAUGCUAGAUGGGUGGCUCUGUGCUCUUUGGGCUCAGUGGGGUGGUGGACCGGCAGUUCUGUUUGGCAUCAGAGAGCUGACAGAGCCAGAGACACCCAUGGGUGGAUGCAUCUCAUGAGAUGUGGACACGCAUACACACAUAUAGCUAGGUCCCUGUAGCUUUAGCUGGAGCGAGAAGAGAGGACCUGAGAUCUCUGAAUGUUCCAGGGGCUAGUCUCUUCUCAGGGCGGCACCGGGGCUUGGGGGCUUCCCUGGCCCUCAGCCUCCAGGCGGCCCUAGGAUUCCCAGACAGGCACUGUGAUUGGCAGGAGGCGGGAUAUCCCCAGGGAAACCCAUCUUCACGCCUGGGUGACCCCCACUGCCUCCUGCUUCUUAACUCUGCAGGAAAUCAGGGCUGGCAGCCUCCUGUGGGAGGACGGAGCCAGUUUCCAUGGCAACCCUCAGCUGCCUCUUCCUUCCUGGCUUGGAAGGGAAGGGAGGAGGCCGCAGAAAUAGCUCCAGGAAGAUCUCUUGUACGUGGCUGCUAACCUGGUGUGCUGGGGAAAAGCCCUUCUGAUUUCCCCCUUCCAAAUCAGGGCUGCUUUGUCACUGAGACUAGAUUCUCACCUGUGUUCAAAAAAGGGCCUUUUCCCUUUAAAGGUGACACCUAGGAGCCACAAUCAUUAGGAAGAGACGAUUCUCCCACCAGGCAGCUCCAGCUGGUAUCAGAGAUAUUGAAGUACAGCUUGGGAGACAAUGCUUUAAACCCACCUUUGUUUCAAUCUUUAUUAUUUUUUCUCUCUUCUUUUAAAAAAUAAAGGCUAUAGAGAAAAGAGGGAGAGAUGAGUGGGUUAGCUCCUUGCUACAGGUUAUUUAGGAAGGUACCCAGAUGUCGUUGUAUUUCUUCAUACCUUGUUUUAGAAUCACAAAAUUGCAGGACCUAUGUCAGAAAUAUUCUUAGGUUGACCUAAGGGAGUGUUUCUUUACCAUCAUCGUGAUUAUUAUUUUUUGCUAUAUUUUGUAUUGUUAUUUACCAGGUAUUUUCCUUUAAACAGUCUCAGUUUUUAAACUUAAAUUUGUUUAAAAAGGGGACUUUUUUUCCUCUGCCGGUAACAACAUGUAUCGCUUGCUGCCAGAAAUAGAAAGUGACUGAAAAAGAAAUCUGCUGGGGAGGGGUCCUCUGUGCUGGUGUCACCAAGGCUUGGAGCCUGAGCUCUGUCUCUUCUCCGUUAGAAAAUGAAACAAACACAUGUUUGAGUGGCGUUAAGGCCACGCCAGCUCCACCCUGAGACUCUGUCCAUGACAGUCACGGGGUGGGGGGAAGGGAGAGAAAGAGGAGUAGGCUGCCCACCACAUGGGCGUGCAUUACGCCUGGUGCGAGGGCUGCCCAGGGUCAUCUCCUGCCACCAGUGGGUCCCGCCCACAGUGAGCUGGGGACAUCCCACCUGCCCAUUCUCCAGGUGGAAAAACAAGCUCGGAGGGAUGACUCGUCUGGCUCAGCGUCACUGAUUUGUAUGUUUGUUGUUUCUUAAAGACGGUGUUUGGUGAGUAGCAGUGAUUUUUCCACCUUGCUGUUUUAACAAAGAAUUCUAUUUUUAUAUAAUAUUGUCGAGUCGAAAUGUGCUGAAAUACAUUAAACCACCCUUGUUUGUG